AUGUGGCGUAGGGACCUCCGGCUCCAGGAGUACCAUCCUGCGCCCAGAGAAGUAGAGGCACAGAAGCUCCUCGUCCAGCAGUCCAUAGUCCUCCAAUGGGAGGAACAACUGGCUGAACGAGAGGAAGGACACAGGACUGUCGAGGCAAUCCGGCCGGUCUUACAAGACUGGCUGGAGAGAGAAUGGGGCUCAUUAACCUUCCGGCUGGUGCAGGUGCUUACGGGUCAUGGCUGCUUCGGUAGCUACCUGCACCGGUUCGCAAGACGGGAGGUGACAGCCGAGUGCCAUCAGUGCAGAUGCGACGAGGACACAGCGCAGCAUACUCUGGAGGAAUGCCCUGCCUGGGCGGGGCAGCGCCGGGACCUCGUGGCAGUGGUGGGAGACGACCUCUCCCUGCCGGCCGUGGUUAAGGCUAUGGUCGCCAACGAGAGGUCGUGGAAAGCGGUCCUCUUCUUCUGCGAGGAUGUAAUGUCGCAGAAGGAGGCGGCGGAAAGGGAAAGGGAGGCAGACCCAGCUUCGCACCCUAUCCGCCGUAAGCACACAGGGGCCCGGAGAAGAGCUUAUGCCCACCUCCUCCCCCCCACCUAG